AUGGCUGAAUUUCAGAAAGAAAGCGAUGAAUAUGGUUGUUCAUCAGUAUAUGUACAAUGGCAAAAGGUGAUUAAACUUAUGAUGGCCCAGACAGACCCAAGAGAUGUUAAGAAAAGACAAAAAGAGGUUGAAUUGGGCUGGAAAAUAUUGAGAGAUGAGAAUUGUUGGGAACCAGAAGAGAAAAAAAGGGUUCCAUUAGCGCCGAUUGUUUUUGCUAUGGAACAGAGAAUUGUGCACAAAAUCAAUGAAGUGAAGGGUAAAGGUAAAUGGUAUAGAAAGGAAAAAAGGAUUAAAGACUUAGAAAAAGAAUUGAGAAUGUGGACCAGAAUGGCAUUGGUAACAGCCGCAGCUCAGGCCAUUAGUAAGAAGAACGGGGAAGUUGACAGUGGUGCUGCUGCCAAGCAACAGGAAAUAGAACUAGGAAGCGCUCAGCCAAUACCCCCCGUUCCGCCCACAGCUCCGCCUAUAACUCCUCCUAAAGUAAAACCACUUUACCCCUCCCUCCAUACACCUCCUCCUUAUGAGAAGGAAUCUGUUGUAAUUCCCAUGCAGCAGCCAAUGAUGCAAGUGAAUGGAGGUGAAUUGGACAUAGACAUGGGGGAAUUAAAUGGUCUAAGGAAUGAGUUAGUACAAUUGAGAAACAUAAUUCUAAAACAAGACAUGGCAAACAAAAGGGCCAUCAGUGAAACAGGGAGUGCAAAUAAAAGGGCUCUGAGUGAAAAUAGUGUAACACAACUAGUUGACCAGAGUAAUAAUGGGGGGGAAAAUAGUAGCAGUCACAGACACAAUACUGAUGAUAAGGGAGGAAGUGACUCUGAAAGUGAAGAUGAAAGUGUAGUUAGUGUUUCUUCAUACAGGCGACUGGUACCAACACCAGGAAGACCAAACACGUUAACACUAGCUAAUAACCCACACGAGACCGAGACUGAGGUAAACAUGCCAAUGGAUGUGAAAAUAGAGGGCAAAAUGAUCAUAACACAGGGCUCACCUCCAAUGGCAAGGGCAUCUAUACCACAAGGUAGUGGGCCAGGUAGACAGAAAAAGGGGUUAAGAAAGCCUGCAGGAGAACCAUAUGAUGGGCCAGCGAGCAACACCAGAUCCAAAGAUAAGAGUAGGGUAGACGUAACAGUGGAUGAGGUUUUCCAGGCAUGGAUGUUGGAACAAGAACAGCCAAUGAGGUCAGAACAGCCAGCAAGGUCGGGCCCAUAUUCCCAGUUGGCCAGUAAUAACAUGCCUCUGAUAGCUAAAUCGGGUGGUGACAAAUACCAAGCUUGGUCUCAUAGUGAUUUAACUGCCAUUAUGAGUAAACUCCCACCUAUCACCAGUGGUGGCGGCAGAUGGUUAAAUAAAUUAACCACGCUAUGUCAUGGCACAAUGCUGGCUUUGGGUGACAUCAGAUGCCUGUUAGGUCAGAUCCUGACCAAUGCACAAGUAAAAGAUUUUGAACAAAAUGCCAAUAUAAUAUUGCAUGACAAUGACACGCCAUAUACCACUGUGAGCACUGCAAUAGGCAAGGCUCUGAGGGUUCAGUUUCCUACUCCACCAACCGUAUACCAAAAUAUUAAAUUUAAAAUCAAACCAGAUGAGACAGGUGCAGCAUAUUAUUUCAGAUGCACAGCUGAAUGGGAACAGCUAACUGAAGAGAACGGUAUUAACAACCCGGUCACCAGGGAUGUCUUUAGGUCAGCAGUAAUGGCAGGGGCCCCACCCAGUGUUAAGCAGAUCAUGGAAAACAACCCAGACAUCCCUGCAGCGACAAAUGAGGUAUGGGAGAGACAUCUCAUAUAUCAUACAGAUAGAGCCCUUGAAAAAUCAAGUAAAGAGCUAGCUGAAGUAGAUAAAAUAAAAAAUGAGCUCCUAAAACUGCAGCUGGAACAGGCCAAACAAGCAAACACAAAGAAGAAGCAAAUGCUACAGCAGGCCCAACCAGACACCACCACAGGUACACCUAAUGCACCACAAACUACCCAGUACCCCAAUUCAUAUCCCAAUGGCCCACAAGACCCAUAUACAGGACCACUAUAUAGAGGAAACCCAUGGGGAGGGUAUCAACAAAAUAGGGGAGGCCCAAGGGGUAGGGGUGGAGCAGGUAGGGGUGGUUAUGGUGGAAUUGGAAGGAAUACAUGUUAUGUGUGUGGACAGGAGGGUCAUUGGGGACGUGAUUGUCCCAUAACAUGGUCACGGGCCCAAAAUUCCAGUGCUAGCUCACACAAUGGACCACCUGCAGGGGGAUGGGGUCCCCAAAGAGGUGGGGCCGGCCGUGGAGCUGGUGGCUAUGGCAGGGGGUCACCUAGACAGCACAACCUCCCACAACCAAAUUUUAUGGCGCCUAUGCACCCAACAUGGGGCCAAGGGGUACCAGUGUGGGUUCCCCAGUACAGAAACAAACCAGAUGCAGAAGAGGGAGUUAGGGCCACAGUGGAGGGUUUAUUGAGUAAACAAGUUUUAACUCCGGCAAGUUCUGAAUGGAACACGCCCAUCUUUCCAGUACCUAAACCCGGUACAGAUAAGUAUAGGUCAGGGUUCAAGGUGAGCAGGGAGAAGCUGCAGAUAUGCAGACCAUGCGUCACUUUUAUGGGUAGGAUGGUAACGGCACAGGGCUCCACACUGACACCACAACAGAGACAAAGCAUCAUGUCUCACCCAAGACCAGAGACUGUGAAAGACAUGUUGUCAUUUUUAGGCCUGACUGGCUUCAGCAGACAAUAUAUACCCAUGUAUGUGUCUGCUACUGCACCUUUAAGAGCAUUAGUGAGAGAACAGGGCAUGAAAAACCUAAGGGCAGAGUUAAUGUGGACCCCAGAGGCAGAAUCAGCUUUCAUUUCACUAAAAGCACAGUUGUCGCAGGCAGCUCAUCUUAAUUGUGCGGACUAUGCCAAACCAUUCAUACUGGAUGUAUCUGAAACUAAAAACAGUGCCAAUGGUGUGUUGUAUCAGAAAACAACAGGGGGACGAAAGGUUUUGAUGUACAGUAGUGUUUUGUUGGACCCCAUUGAGCAGAGACAGCCAGCAUGUGCUCGCUACGCGGCAGGGUUAGCCAAAUUGAUAACAAAAACAUCUCAUAUUGUAAUGGGUCACCCGUUGACCAUUCUCACUACUCAUUCUGUAAUGUCAUUUGUCAAUUCAACUGCUUUCACUUUCUCACCUCUCAGGCAAAGAAAGCUGGCCAAGAUUUUGGCUAGCCCCAACGUCACAUAUGUGCAUGAAGGUGUUAACAUGGCUGACUUAAUCACUGAAGGAGAGCCUCAUGAUUGCAUACCUUUAACUGAGAAAGCCAGCAAAAUUAGAGACGGCCUCUUUGCAGUACCGCUGCCAACUCCCCCACCAGCAAUGAUAUUGUUCACAGACGGUUGUUGUUUCAGGGCAUCGGAUGGUACAUUAAAGGCAGGGUUUGCUGUGGUUGAACAGGUUGAGGGUGAUUUUGUGACUAGAGUGAGUGGUAAAUUGGAGGGCAAGCAGUCAGCACAGAGAGCUGAAAUGAUAGCUGUGACCAAAGUCUUGCACUAUGCUGGUGAAGAGAGGGUAACUAUUUAUAGUGACUCUGCAUAUGUGAUAGGAGCUGUACAUGUAGAGCUGCCUGUGUGGCAGAGAUGUGGAUUUGUUACAACAACAGGCCGGCCUAUAACUCAUGCUAGCGAAGCCAGAGACCUAUUGCAGGCUCUGAUGAUUCCCGAUGAAGUGGCUGUGGUGAAAUGCCAGGGACAUGAUAAAGCAAACUCAGUUAUUGCUCGUGGAAAUGACGCUGCUGAUUGCGCUGCCAAAAAUGCUGCCGGGUACACAGCCACACAAUUUGUUGUGACCUCAGACAAAACAAAAUCAGACAUAUUACCACGUUUCACUCGUGAAUAUUUGAUAAAGGAACAGGCUGGUUCCUCACCUGAUGAAAAGAAUGCUUGGAGAGACCAUGGUGCUGUCCGUGCCGAUGACGGCCUGUGGCAGGCCCCGGAUGGGAGACCUGCCAUGCCCAUGUCACUCUGUGACUCAUUGUUUAAACAGGUGCAUACAGCGAGUCAUGUAUCUGACAAACAGAUGUUACGUGAUCUUCAGUAUUGGUGGCAUCCAUUUUUGACGUCUAUGGUGGCCAAUUACAUUAGAUCUUGUGAAGUGUGCUGUGAACAUAAUGUGAAGCCCACUGUUAAGCCCCAGAGAGGGUAUUUUCCAAUCACAACAGGACCUGGGGAUGAAAUCAUUAUUGAUUUCACUGACAUGAUAACUGGAGUGAGAGGGAAAAGAUAUGUUUUGGUGAUCGUCGAUUCGUUCACUGCCUGGCCUGAGGCCUAUCCGGUAGGCAGAGAAGACAGCACAGCUGUCAUCAAAUGUUUGAUAAAUCAUUAUAUCCCUAACCAUGGUUUCCCCAGACGUGUAAGAUCUGACAAUGGAAGUCACUUCAAAAAUGAACAUCUCAGACAGGUUGAGCAGGCAUUGGGUUUGACCCACAGCUUUGGGGCUGUUUAUCACCCACAAAGCCAGGGAAAAGUUGAAAGGAUGAAUUUGACUCUGAAAUUGAAACUUGCCAAAAUCUGUGCACAGACAAAAAUAACAUGGCUAGAUGCAUUACCAAUUGCAUUAAUGUCUAUCCGUUCUUCUGUUAACAGGAUUUCUGGUUUCACACCUUUUGAAUUGUUUACAGGUCGACAGUUUCCAGGCCCGAGGAAUGCCUUGGUGCAGGACCCAAUCCUGCCAUUAACUCAUGCUGCUUAUUUUGACAAACUAACUGCUAUGAUUGAACAUUUUUCCUGCCAGGCUACCAGACAACGGGACUGGGACAACGACCCAGCCCCUAGCCAGGCUGAUUGGGUGAGAGUGAAGGUGUUCCGGAGGAAGUGGAACGAACCCAGAUGGUCCAAACCGCUCAGAGUGACUGCCAGAACGUCACAUUGUGUGCAGCUACAGGGAAAAGGCGAAACCUGGUUCCAUCUCUCUUCUUGUGUUCCAUGUGAUUCUCCUUCUAGGUCUCUGACAGAUACAGGGGUGGACCUGAGGACUCAGGUCCAAGAGAGGGAGAGUGUUGAAGGUGAAAGUGCUAUAAGUGCUACAGAACAGAGAGAACAGAGAGAAACUGAACCAACAACAUUGGUAACACCAACACAACAUCAACAACAAAGUCAACAAACAGUUUGUAAAAUUUUGUACAAAACAGGUGACCUUUUUUCCAGUCCAAUAACAGAGCCUUUAGCACACUGUGUUAGUGCAGAUUGUGCAUAUGGAGCAGGUAUAGCCGUACAAUUCAAGGCAAAGUACGGAAUACAAAAGGUUUUAAGUCAGAACAAACACACAGGUGAAUGUGCAGUUACCCAUGAGGACGACGGCAGACUGAUUUUUCAUUUAAUAACCAAACAAAACUGUACUGAUUUACCAACAUAUGAGAAUUUUACCCACAGCCUCAGAUGCAUGAGAGAUUGGUGUGAGAAAAAAGGAAUAACAAGUGUAUCUACUCCCCGGCUGGGGUGUGGGUUAGAUAAAUUGGACUUCCAUAAGGUGGUGGAGAUCCUGACAGAAGUGUUCAGGGACCUGAACAUCACAAUUACGGUUUAUUCAUUGUGAAUGACAUCUAAGUUUUAGUUUUACUAUUAUUAUCAUGUUACUUCCUUUUAAUUUUGUAUUAGUAUUAUCGUUUUACGUCUUUUACUAUACUCCUACCUUUUAUCAAGUAUUAAGUUUAAGAGUGUUUUUUGAAUUUAGCCAACAGGCAUACGUGUAUUUUUCCACAGAGAUGAAGCUGUGUGGGAAUUGGAAGGUUCUGUGGGCCCUAGGGGUUAUAACUGCAAUUAUAAUUAUCAUGAGAUUCAGCAUAAACUAUGGAGGUAAUCUGAAAAAUGACAAAAGGUCCAAAACAACAUCACAAGAUCAGUGUUUAAACAGAUAUGGGGGAAUUGAGUUAAAUUACAUAAAAAAUUCAAAGACAUCAUACACCUUUGAUUUAUGCAGUGUGAUAGAUUGUGGAGGGAAGAAUAGCUCAUGGAGGGGAUAUGAUAUAUACUUGUGUCUGGAUAUUAUUACCACACUGUGGUGUCGGGAGCGAGGCUAUGAUGACAGAUCAUGGUGCCCAAGAUGGAGUAGUGUAGUGGCUUAUACGGGAACAUGGGAUCUCCUAAAGAGGACGGGUACAGAUGGGGAAAUGUGGGAAAACUUAAAAAUACAAAGAGAUUACAGUCCAGUUCAAAAUCCUGUUACCAUGUCAAUAGGAGAGUGGAGCAGGUUACCCCGGGGAGGCACAGCUAUGAGGUAUGGGGGAAAGGAGG